AUGCGGUUCCAGCUGGACUCGGCGGGCUGGAUUCCUGAGGAGGUCAAGGAGGCCAUCCGCCGCGCGGAGAAGAACAAGAUCAAUAAGGAGGGAUGGCUCGUCGUCACGAGCACGCGGCACCGCCUGCAGAGCGACGCCCCCUCCAACCCCACCGUGUGCAGCGCCAACAUGGAGGACGCGCUGGCAAAGCUGCAGGACAUAAUCACUGCGGCGGUUGACGCGGUGACGGUCAAGGAGGCCGACCCCGAGACAGUCGCGCGCGUCAAGAAGAACAUCAAGGCCGGCAACGAGCGGCGGCUGGAUGGCAAGAAGAAGGAAGGCAAGAAGAAGGCAGAGCGGCGGCGGCGCGACUUUGACUGA